UAUAUAAAACAGUCAACACUUCAACGGAGAAUACUUUUACAAGUCUAUUUAUAUUGAUCCAAGUUUGCAAAGAGGGUUUAAAAAUUUUGGCACUUCCAGUUCUAACAUAAAAAAACGGAAACAGUGGACACAUUCAGAAACUGCCGCAUUUUUAGAGUGCUAUCUUAAAAGAAAAAAUGAAUUCGAACAUUCGAGAAAAAAGCGAGUAGCUUAUUCCAAUAUAUUGAAAGACAUGUUAUCCCAAAAUAUCACGGACAAAGAAAGAACACCUAUAUGUUUGGAAAAUAAAAUGCGUACUUUAUUACAUGCUUAUAAAACAGCACUAGACAAUAAUAGAAAGACGGGAUCAUAUAAUUUUUCAUAUAUGGAGAUAAUGAAUAAAAUUUUUGCGGAUUCUUCCACAAUACACAAACCUCACACAAUGCAAAUUGGUUUUGGUCAUGUUGAAAUACCAGAAGAAAGUUUUAGUCCUAGUUCACCAUUAAAUUUAUCAGAAGCAACACAAUCUCCACCGCUGUCACCAUCAUCUGCUGUAGACUGGCCAUUACCAUCGUCAUCCUCUGGAGUGCAAAUAUCAUUAACAUCACUAUCAACAUCUCCAAGUUCGGCUCAAGCAAAGACUCGAAGACGUACAGCUCGAGGUCGUUAUUUUGAUGAAAAGCUAAAAAUAAAAAAACUGGCAGUUGAGCAAAAAGCGAAACAAAGAGAACAAGCACUAUCGGAUUUAAAAGCUCUUCUUAAAAAAAAGUGGGAGAAUGAAACAACACUAGAACAGAAAAAGCUGACUCUGCUGGAAUCAAUUUUAAAUUCACAAAAUUAAAUAAUUCUUGCUUUUGGUUUCCAUAUAAUUAAUCCAUAUACUAGUUUGACAUAUACUUGUUUUUAAUAAUAUAGUAAUUUUUUGUUUUUGUAUUCUAUGUUUUAUAUU